CGAGCACGGCCCCUUCCCGGCGCACCCCGCGGCCGCUGGAGCUGACGUGGCCGCCGUCAGAGCCGCCAUCUUGUGGGAGCAAAACCAACGCCUGGCUCCGAGCUGCAGCCGCUGAGGUGUCCCUGGCCAGUGUUGCUGCCACCUGCCCACAAACAUGGGGAACAUCUUUGCCAACCUCUUCAAGGGCCUUUUUGGCAAAAAAGAAAUGCGCAUCCUCAUGGUGGGGCUGGAUGCUGCAGGGAAGACAACAAUCCUAUACAAGCUGAAGCUGGGUGAGAUCGUGACCACCAUUCCCACCAUAGGCUUUAACGUGGAGACUGUGGAGUACAAGAACAUCAGCUUCACUGUGUGGGACGUGGGCGGCCAGGACAAGAUCCGGCCUCUGUGGCGCCACUAUUUCCAGAACACACAAGGCCUGAUCUUCGUGGUGGACAGCAAUGACCGAGAGCGUGUGAACGAGGCCCGUGAGGAGCUCAUGCGGAUGCUGGCUGAGGAUGAGCUCAGGGACGCAGUUCUCUUGGUGUUUGCCAACAAGCAGGACCUGCCCAAUGCUAUGAAUGCAGCCGAGAUCACAGACAAGCUGGGGCUGCACUCUCUUCGCCACAGGAACUGGUACAUUCAGGCCACCUGUGCCACCAGUGGGGAUGGGCUCUAUGAAGGACUAGACUGGCUGUCCAAUCAGCUCCGGAACCAGAAGUGAACGCGACACCCCCCUCCCCUCCGCCCUCCGCUUCACUCUCAUGUGGCAAACGUGCGACUCUGUGGUAUGAGUGCCAGAAGCUGUCUCCAUGGUUUGGUCACAGUGUGCAUCGCACCAUGCUGUAAAUGUGGCAGACGCAACCUGCAACCAGGUUUUUUAUUUAAUGUAAAUAGUUUUUGUUUCCAAUGAGGCAGUUUCUGGUACUCCUAUGCAAUAUUACUCAGCUUUUUUUAUUGUAAAAAGGAACUCACUGUUCAGUGCUGAGAGGGGUUUAGGGCUGCAGGCACCUGGCCAUCAGGAGCCACUGUGGGAGCUGGGCCUUCCUAUCUGGAGGGUUGUGUUGAGAUCUAUGCUGGUGGUUGGUUUUUAACCCAUCCUCAGUGCAUUUUUUAAAUAGCUAAAAUCCAAGACAGGAACACUUGAACACACAGAAGGGAGACCCCGCCUGCUUAGUGUAGGUUUGCAGCGACAGCCUGAAUGCCAGCCAUUGGCUUGGCCGUUCCCCUUGGGGACAUGAGGCAGUGGCUUGCAGACCUUCAUCAAUUCUGCAUGGUCACCGUAGAGACCCUCUGAUUUGCUUGUCGCUGGGGCACCCUGCAUUCCAUAGCCUUGCUUGUCCCCAUGCUCCCUCAGCUCCUGGGGGCCUGGCUGAGAGCCCCUAGCUGUCCUCUCAUCCGCUCAGGGGACACAGGGCCCCACCCGUUCAUUUGGUAGGCAUUCCCCAUGCUCACACCUGCUCAGACACGGUGGGAUGUCUGGGGCCUCACCAGCAGGAGUGUGGGCAAGCUGGGCAUCUGGGCCCUGGCCCCAGGAGCACCCCCCAUGUGUGAAGUAGCUUUCUCUCCCUCAGCCUGCAAGGGUCCGAUUUGCCAUCGAAAAAGAUGACCUCUACUCUUUUCUCUUGUAUUUUGAUAAACACUGAAGAAGCUGGAGCUGUUAAAUUUAUCUUGGGGAAAACCUCAGAACUGGUCUAUGUGGUGUCGUGGAACCUCUUUACUGCUUUCAAUACACGAUUAGUAAUCAACUGUUUUGUAUACUUGUUUUCAGUUUUCAUUUCGACAAACAAGCACUGUAAUUAUAGCUAUUAGAAUAAAAUCUCUUAACUAUU